AUGGAUAUCUACUCGCUCGAUACGUCCGGUACCGGGCUUAGUCCGAGCUUGGCCAAGAUCGACGAGGACCUGGCGGAGGUCAACUUCGAUACCGGGUCGGAGUUUAAUUUACACUUUUUCGACACACCCGAAGACUCGAACACGCAGAGCGGCUUCAGUGAUCAUGAGUCGAGCGAGUCGGCAGCCCGGGACACGCCACCCAGCCCGGCGUGCAAUACGACGCGUGCCGCGCUGGGGAUGUUAUCGCGACAGCACACGAACGGGAGUAACGCGGCGAACGGGGGUGCCCUUGUGUCGGCGAUCGGUGGGUCUGGGAAUUGUGUGUUGAUUUCAUCGACAGGCCACACCGCCGCGGAAAGGACGAAAGUAUCCUCGUCGAGUUAUGAUGGUGGUGUUCAAAGAUCCUGUGCUGGGGUACGACCAGACCCACCGUGUGCCGGUUCGGACGCCAGCUCAACGACGACCGCCAAAACGUUCGUCGCCUGUAAGGUUUGUGGUGACAAAGCGUCCGGAUACCAUUAUGGCGUUACCUCGUGCGAGGGCUGUAAGGGUUUCUUCCGGCGCAGCAUACAGAAGCAGAUCGAGUAUCGAUGUCUGCGGGAUGGCAAGUGUCUAGUGAUACGGCUUAACCGCAACCGGUGUCAGUACUGUCGCUUCAAGAAAUGUCUCUCGGUGGGCAUGAGCCGUGAUUCGGUACGGUAUGGACGUGUGCCGAAAAAGUCCCGAGAAGCGGGAAGCUGCAGCGAGGAGAACAUGAGUAUCUGCGUAAACUCGACAACACCUUCGGUAGCGCAGCUGAACGGAUCGCUUGGAAGCGGUCACACUAAUAACGCCAACGGGAUGCCCACCAACACCAAUACCACCACCACCACCACUACAAUCAACAACAACAGUAACGGUAGCAGCAACACCGCCAUCAACAACAGCACAUCGAACGCCAUGUCCACCAGCAGCUGCACCGAGAUCAGCACGUCAACGACGACGAUCCUGCCCUGCGACUCGAUGACAUUCACACCACCGGAACUGUCCGUGUACGACAUCAUACAGUGUAUCGCACAGGCGCACCGUGGCCACUGUACCUAUACGAGCGAGCUGGUUAAAGACCAGAACCGAAUAUCGUUGCUCAGCUGCAGCGAGAAACAUAACCCACUCGAAUCGCUCGAGGAUCAACGAAUCUGGCUGUGGCAGCAGUACGCGAUGCGCAUGACACCGGCCGUACAGAGGAUUGUCGAGUUCGCGAAACGGGUCCCAGGCUUUGGUGAGUUUCUCCAGGACGAUCAGCUGAUCCUUAUCAAGCUCGGAUUUUUCGAAGUUUGGUUAACGCACGUGGCCCGCUCGACGAACGAUACGAUGCUGACGUUUGACGACGGUGUGUACAUCACGCGACAGCAGCUGGAGAUGAUCUACGAUUCGGAGUACGCCAAUGCACUGUUUAACUUUACCACCGGCCUAAACAGUUGCUGUCUGAGCGAUACCGAGAUUGGACUGUAUUCGGCCCUCAUCCUACUAUCCGACCGGCCCGGGCUGGUCGAAACGAAGCUGAUCCUGAAAACGCGCGAAUGUAUUGCGGAAGCACUGCGAGUACAAAUUACCCGUUCGCGGGCAAACAACGGUAUGAGUGCGCUCCAGAUUAUGCCCGCCCUGGAAGCACGGGUGCACGAGUUGCGCAUGCUGGGCGAGAAACAUUCCGCCCAUCUGGAGUGGUUCCGUACGAACUGGAGCACGAUCCGGUUGCCACCGCUGUUUGCGGAAAUCUUCGAUGUGCCCAAAUGUGAGGAAGAUCUGCAGUGA